UUAGAGCAGAUAGUUUCACUUUUAAUCACGUUUCUUCAACAGGACAGUGCUGUCGGAACGGGACAUGCUGUCUAACGCAUGUCGCUACUUCUAAUAGAGCUGGAGAGAAAAUAGGAAUCCAAAUUAGUUUGUCUGAAAUAUACGCGCGGAAGAGAGUGAGAAAGACUUAAGCUGCAGUGAUUUCAUUUCGGAACCGGGAAAGUCCAAAGUGGGCGUGAGGAACAAGGGAAGAGUAUUUGGAAAGUACCAGAUUGAGCUGCGGAAAACAGUUUUCUGGAUGGGAAUGAAAAGGACAAAGACAAAGGAAUAAGAGAUGGCAUGCAAACUGUACCCUAAAGGAUAAAUCCAAUGCAAGCGUUGUAAAAAUGCUUAAAGAGAAAGCACAGCUCUGGAAACCAACUCGAGGUUAAAAUCUAACAAAAAAUACGCAUGGAAAAUGGAGAAGUGUGCUCACAUUAAAAAAUGAAAGGAUGUCACGACCAGUGUUCAUACUGCUGUCAGUGUUGUUAGUUCAAGGAAGAGGGUGUGAUUACUUUAUGAAAAAUCUUCUGAGCAUCAUGGAAAAUGAACAUGGCAUAUUCCGUAAGGUUUUUCCUAAAGAUUAUAAAGUCACGCACCAUUACAAUGACAGUCUACUGUCCGGCAGUGAUCCAUGCCGUAUGGUCAGUGUUGCAUAUAUGUUGUCGGAUUCCUGGGACCAGCUCCGUAUAAACCUGUGGGAAGAAAACAUUCAUAAUUCGUUCAUCAUGCAGCUGGUGGAAAAGCUAGACAAUAUUUUCAAUGGGAAAUUCCAGAAGUUGCCGGAUCCCUCUGUUUUCCCUCCUGUGUCCUCCACACCGGAAGCCCUUCUUGGCUUCACCUCGGCCUUUUUUUCAACAUGGUUGAAGGAACGAUGCCCCUCUCCUGUGGAGCCCUGUGUGUUCCCUUCUCCCACAAGUUUCCACAAAGGGGGAAAGAGAAGUAAUCAUGCACCCUUCAACGCCACCCUGGACGAAAUGGAGGGAGGGAAAAGACCUCAGCGGAGUGAAGUACCCCCAACUAGUCUCGCUACAACGACACAUCCUUCAUACAUAUUUUGGUGUUUUCCUCUGCUCUGGACUGUACUGUAGACUAUAGCUAUGUUUUAUGCAGGAACACUUUGGACUCAGAUCAGUAGUUGGAAAAUGGCAGACCAACCAGGAAGUGUAGACAGGAGACCAAAAAAUAUUUAGUAUUUUCUGCUCUUUGGCACGGUUCAUAUUUGUAGUGUGAGGGUUGCGCAUUGUGCAGUUGCGGCCAAGGAAAAUUAAGUUUAAAGAAAAAUGCAACAUAAAUAGCCAGUGAUUCAUAAAGCAACCAGCCCAGCAAUGACAUGGCCAACAGUAACCCUCCCAUAAGUAAACAUGAAAUUAGAUGAGAGUACAGAGGUUAAAAGGCAUAUAAAGUGCAAGUCAAGGGGCUGAUAACACAUGGCUUUCAAGUUCAUAGUAGAACACCACAUUCCAAAUGGUAUGUACUGGGGGCCUGAAGAGAACUGGGCUUGUUACCAGAAGUUUGCAACCAAGAGAUGUGAUCCAUAGGUAGACACGUUUUCCACCUAUGACACUGAUGAUGCACCAUGAACAAAUAGCCUAACCAGAGUUUCUCCUAUUAAUAUAGGAUGACGGAGUGUAGCACAGUGGGUAAGGAACUGGACUUGUAACCGAAAGGUCGCAGGUUCGAUUCCCGGAUAGGACACUGCUGUUGUACCCUUGAGCAAGGUACUUAACCGAAAUUGCUUCAGUAUAUAUAUCCAGCUGUAUAAAUGGAUACAAUGUAAAAUGCUAUGUAAAAAAGUUGUGUAAGUCGCUCUGGAUAAGAGCGUCUGCUAAAUGCCUGUAAUGUAAUAUGUAAUAUAAUGUAAUAUCAGUGUGUCAAACCAUAUAGCAUAUUUUCAAACGUGUGAGCAAUGACACUGAUGAAUGUGGCUGAGAGCCCCGCGGUAUGGUGCACUUCUGACCAUGUAAUCUCCCAGAGAUGCUACAUUUCAGUCGGCAGUGUUGUCUCGCUGUGCGUCGCGACUGCUCUGCUCGAGCAGGCACCUACAGCCUGUCUUGCAUCAGCUGAGCAGGAAGUGCUGGCCUCCAAUACAAUGACUGACACGGCUUGGCUGGUGGACUGGCUGCAUGCAUUUCACAGGAGCCUCUUCUUGUUAUGUAAAUGCAUCAUUCUUGUUCUGUAUUUUUUUGCACAUAUGAAAUGAGCUGUGCAGGACUAAAAGGCGUUGGUAUUGAGUGAGAGAUUUCAGUGUAUUGCAUAUACUUUCACCAAUUUUUUAUUUUUUUUGGAUUCUGUUUUUCAGCAUGAUGGUCUAAUCCUAUUUUUGACUAACAGUUACUAUAAUCUGUGAAUACUCAUGUGAAGCAAGUGUCUUUUACAUUAUCUAUAAAUGCUUCUUGUGAUGGUGUUUGGGAAAUCUUGAAAAAAAAACCCUAAAUGCCUGAAAAUCCACCUGGAUGAUGGACUAAAAUAUGACAGGUGAUUUAUGAAUUCCACUUAUGAUUUGUGAUUUUCCAUUGUGCGCCAAAGCAUUUUAUUCUCCUUGCCACAGUUGUGCCACAUGUUACUAUUAUGGUAUCAAUCAAUCAAUCAAUCUUUAUUUAUAUAGCACAUUUCAUACAGUGGCUGUAGCCCAAUGUGCUGCACAUGACCGAAAGACAACGCUACAAAAACAAAAGUAAACAAACAGAGGUGAGCAAAGGCACAAACAAAAGCAAAACAACAAUUAAAAUAAUAAAGGAGUAAAAGAAUAAAACAACAAUAGAUGAAUAAAACAACGAAUGACGAGGCACGUUAAUUAAAAGCCAGUAAAACAACAAUAGAUGAAUAAAACAACAAAUGACAAGGCACCUUAAGUAAAAGCCAGACGAAAAAGAUAUGUCUUAAGGUUUCUUUUAAAAACGUCUGAGGGACCUGCGAGGUACAUAUCUAAAAAGCAUGUCUGAGAGAUAGGCUGGUGCCAGGCCAUUCAGUGAUUUAAAAAUUAAUAAUAAAAUCUUAAAAUCUAUUCUAAAACUGAUAGGCAACCAAUGCAAUGACUUUAGGGUAAGUGUUAUAUGUGCUCUCUGUCUGGUCUUCGCCAGACCCCACAGGUUAUGUCUGUUUUCUCUGAGGAGUAGUCACCCAGCGAAACAAAAAACCCCCGGCCAGUCAAAUAUGAUCUAAACCAACUUAGAACCAUUCCUGAGAGACCAACCCAGUUUUUAAGUCUGUGCAGUAGGAUUUUGUGGUCGACGGUAUCAAAGACUGCACUAAGGUCCAGGAGAACCAGGACUGAACGCUUUUUUGAAUCAGUUUUAAUUCUUAUAUCGUUCACCACUUUAACCAAUGCAGUCUCUGUGCUGUGGUGGGCUCUGAAACCUGAAUGAAAAGAGAUAUUGCUGUUUUUAAUGAAGGUAUUCACCUGUUCAAAAACAACUUUUUCUAAAAUCUUACCUAAGAAAGGGAGGUUUGAUAUGGGUCGGUAGUUACUAAAAACUGAGGAAUCUAUAUUACUUUUUUUGAUAAGUGGUCUGUCUGGCAGUCUUUAAUGCAUCAGGGAAGGUGCCUGUGAACAGAGAGUGGUUUACAAUACAUAAUAAUUCCUCUGACAAGUAAUUAAAAACAUUUUUUUAAAAGGGGGUAGGUAUGGGGUCAAGCGAGCACGUAGAGGGUUUUAACUCAGAGACCACCUUUCUAAUCACCUCUGUAUCCACCAGAGUAAAAGAGUGCAAAGUAUAUUGACUAUAGUAUAUUGAGUAUCGUGCUUAGUGCUUUCUGAAACAUUAUCCGGCCUUGUCUGAUUAAUAUUCGUUCUAAUUGUUGUUAUCUUGUCUCUGAAGUAGGCUGAACAUUCGCUGCACUUAGUAUUUGAGAAAAAUCACUGGGGCAUGUGGAAGUGGGAUUUAUCAGGCUGUCAAUGGUUGUAAAAAGGACCCUUGGACUGUUUUUGUUCUUAUUUAUAAGUUUACUUUUCCUCCAUCUACGUUCAGAUUUUCGGCAGUUUCUUUUAAGUUUGUUAACAGUCUCAUUUUUCCACAGUAGCUUACAUUUUAAAACAGGUUUUUUUUAGUUUUAGUGGCACAACAAGGUCAAUAGUUGUCCGUAAUUUAGUAUUGUACUCAUUUACUAGGGAAUCAACAGAUGAAGGGAGAGUUUGUAAGGGCAACAUGUUCACAUGCAUAAUGAAACUUUCUGCCACUUCAGGUGUAAGAUGUCUUUUCUUUACAGUGAGUUCAGCAUUAACUUGAGGCAUGGGCACUGACGCACUAAAUUCAAUGCAAUAAUGAUCAGAUAGAGCGACAUCUCUAAUUGAUGACAUUUCAAUAUGUAGCCCCUUACUAACUACCAGGUCUAACGUAUGGCCACGAUUGUGGGUUGGUCCAUAGACGUGUUGUGUGAAACCAAGAUCUUCUAAUAGAUUAAUAAAAUCGGUGGCCCUUUUGUCA